UAUUGAUCGUGCAACGAAGACACCAAAGCAACGUCAAAAUUCGUUGUCAUCAAUAAUUCAAAUUAUAUGCAAAGUUAAAAAAGUAAGUUAUACGUGCUAAGUUCAAUGACAGGUCAAAUUUUUAAAAUGAUCCACAAAAAGUGUAGAAACACUGUAUACCCUUUAACUAAAAUCCAAAGGUUUAUCGUGCCAGAUGACAAAAUUUCCUGGAAUGUUGAUUUUCCAGAAUAUUCACCAGGUGUAUACAAUUCUCCAGUUUUACAAGGGAAAGUUUGGGCAGAUCCAGAUAUUGCAGAUGCAAGUUUCCAACCUCAGUGGAAUAAGCUUGAUGGAAAAGUCAAUAGAGAAAGUUACAUUGGUCAUUACCAAGCUGAUGAGGAUAAUUACCCUUUGAAUCCUAUUGGGCGAUCUGGAUUGAGGGGUAGAGGUGUUUUAGGUAGAUGGGGACCCAAUCAUGCUGCAGAUCCAAUUGUGACCAGAUGGAAGAGUAAUAAUGAUGACUCUGCUGUUGUAGAUGAAAAAUCAAAACAUCCUGUGCUUCAGUUUGUAGGUAUUCAAAGAAAGGACACGGGAGAGUGGGCUUUACCAGGGGGUAUGGUUGAUCCUGGUGAAAGAGUGUCAGUUACACUAUGUCGCGAAUUUAUGGAGGAGGCCUUAAAUUCCCUUGAAAAAGGCUCAGUAGAAUUAAAGAGUAUGAAAAAGACAAUAACAGACUUUUUUAAUCAAGGUGAGGAGGUUUACAAGGGAUAUGUUGAUGAUCCAAGAAAUACAGAUAAUGCCUGGAUGGAGACAAUAGCAUUUAACUUUCAUGAUAGCACUGGAAAAAUUGUGGGCAUUAUUGAUUUACAGGCAGGUGAUGAUGCAAAAAAUGUCAAGUGGAUGGAUAUCAAUAAAGAGUUGUCACUUUAUGCUAGUCAUAAAGAUUUUAUUGAAAAAGUAGCUAAAAGACAUAAUGCUUGUUGGUAG